AUGGACGGUGUACUGUCGUUCAGGCCAUUGGCACAGGGUUUCCAACAGCCCGCCAUACCGCCGUACAUGCCGGGACCGCAGUUCCGUCCUUUCAGUGCGGCGGCGCCCUUCUUCCAGAAUCCCUACGCCGCCCCCGGGGUGUUCUACCCCCCCGGCCUGCAGUACAACCCUUACGCCUACCCGCAGCAGCUGCAGCCGUUCUACCAGCAGCCCUUCUUCGGGGCUGGCAGAAUGUCGAUGGGGCCGCGCCAGAUGAAGUCGUUGGAGCCCCAACGGGACCUGGACGUCCGCGACCGGCUGGAGCUGGUGACGCGCGGGCCCAGCGCCGGCCGCGUGCGCAACGUCACCUGCGUGAUGCAGGAGCUGGGCUACAUCGACCGCUCGCUCGAGCCGAACUACGACCAGAUCAGGCAGCGCAUCAGCGACCUGCCGGUGUCUUCGGCCCUGAAGGGCGACAUCCAGGACGGCCUGCAGUUCUGCCAGAAGUUCUCCCAAUGCGUGCCCGAAAUAAAAAGGGAUGUGGCACCGCUCUCCCAAGAGCUGAUCAAGCCUAUGUUCUUCUUCAGGUGCUACAAGCACAAAAAGCUCGAAGCCUGCAUCAUGAAAGACAUCCGGGAACGUUUCACCACUGAGGAUGAUUUGGACACCGACAGCGAUUUUAGAUACCUUUCCAGAUCCGCCAGGUCGGUGCGCGAGGAUUCCCUUCCGGACCCCAGGUUCGAAGCCCUAGACGAGAUGGCGGUCUAUUUCUACGACUACCUAAGCGGCGGCAACGGAAUGGACUACGAUCUGUAUUUG